AUGGCAGAUAACAAGCGCCACAGCGUGGGAGCAAGAACAUCUGCACAGGGAUCGUCUGGCGCAACUGCAGGCCAGGGAAUGGCUGGUGCCAUGGUGCCUUUGGAGGUGGCAUUGAGCCGUGCAAUUGGCGCACGUGUUCGUAUCAGUACAUCUCCGGUCGCCUCCACCAUUGAGGGGACUCUGUUCACAGCCUGUCCGAUCACGAACCUCGUUGCCAUCAAUACUGCCGAAGAAGGCAAGUCACAGACCGGCGAUUACCACGUCAUUCCGGUGUCACGCAUACAAUCCUUCCAAGUUCUCUCUUUGUCUCCGUCCAACACCGAUGGGGCUUCUUUCUCUGAUGCCGUACCGCCUUUGCACGCACUUGAUAUUCGCGCUCUGAAGGCGCGGGAGGCCGCUGCUGUCGGCAAGCUGCAGGAAGGUGAAGCACGUCGAGGCAAGGGAGUCACCAAGGAGGCACAGGAUCUCUUUGACGCAUUCAGUCGCACAAUGCCGGCCCGGUGGGAUGGAAGCAAGAUCAUCGUAGCCGAUGCCGUCUCCAUUGCGGCUCCUUACCGCCCCGACGACUGCCGGCCGCUUGUGGCGGGUGACACGGCUGCUCUUGCCCGAGUACGCAUGGUGCUCGAGAUGGAGCGUAAGAAGAUUGAACUGCGCAACGCGAGUGCAACUAUUGGAGCCGGUGCUGCUGGACAACGUAAAGGGGGCUGA